AUGGGUCAGACGAAUUCAGACCUCCGACUGGGAGAUCCUGAGGCUUUCCAAUGGAACAAUACUAUAAACCUAACGAGCAACGACAGCAUCUUCAGCUUCCUCAAGAAUAAGAACCAGGACGGAGAGCAACCGUCCGAUGCCGGAGCUCGUGACCAGGUCACACAAAGGCAACGAAUCGAGAAUGCAUUCGGGGGGCUGGGAGGAAAGCAAGUGCAGGGUUUUGAGUUUGGUAGGACGCCGUCGUACGAAGUGUACACUCAAGUGAUCAAGUCAAGCGAUGAGGCGGAUAAAGAGCUUGAGAACGGAGAUCAAUUCUACCGCCAAGGGAAUUACGGAGAGGCAAGGAAGGCUUACACGAUAGCAAGGGAGCUCUAUAGGGACAGGAAAGCCGACAACCUGAAGAUGGCUGAGGUGGAAGGGAAGAUCAGGUCUUGCCUUCCGCUCUCCAGGCUAGUGGACCGGAACGGGAAAAUACUGCCGGCCGCAUCAGACCAUUUCCUUGAAGCCCAGAUUCAGAAGUAUGAGCACCUGCACUUCGUGUCCCCCGGCAAGGAUAUCGUGGAGCAAGGGCCUCUCAGGCACACUGAGAAUCUCUUUUACCGACACCUGAAUGACACGCCCGGGUGGCAUGAAGGAGGGAGAUACUACAACUUCAGGGGCCGAAAGAAUACCGACGGGGAACCGAUUCAGUUGGAGAUGUUGAUGUCAGAGUUUCAAGACCGCGAGAGCAUCGAGGCCACAAAAAAGAGGAACAAGUUCAAGGACAUCCACGAGGAGACUACGAAACUCCUGAGAAAGAGGGAGAAGCAGCGCACGCAAGGAGUGCUCCCUCGACAGUUCGAGCAGCUCGUGGAGGAGGCGCAGGAGGAGUUCGAGCGAAAGAGGACGGCAGACGAGGCCUUGGAGAGGAAAGGAAAACACAUCCCGGACAGAGAGACCUUGCUGAAACAAACGAGAUACCUGAGGAACGAGGAGCUUGGAGAGCUGUCUAAGCUGCUCUCCAAGACAGACCCCAACUUCCGCUCCGUCAUCUUCGAUCGAGCCGGGGCCCUCAGGUCGUUGGAGGAGAAGAUGUGA